AUACCCGUAAAUUAUUACAUGGACUGAUAAUUGAAUUCGCAGACUAGGAGAGAAUGAUGUGAAAUGUACAGGAACCCUUCUCCUCCUCCGCAGGAAACUGUUCCAGAAAAUGUAGACAGGAUCGUCAACACAGCCUACUCCCAAUGUUGGGUCCUCAAAGCUCUCGUGGCCCUUUCCUCCCAGACCCUUAAAGAUGAUGAGAGAUUAUCCGAGGAGCUGGAGAACGAGUUUUGUCAACUGUGGGACAUGAGCAGUGACAAACACGUGGGCAGCUUCAUGCUGGACAAGGGACUGUGUGACCUCAUUCUAGCCCCCCUAGUCCGCUCGUCUAACUUCAGGGUCAGAGAGGUCAGCCUGGGUAUCAUCGCUAACCUUAUGUGUCACAAAGCUAGUGCUAAGGAAGUGACUGAGCACGACACACUGCGCACUUUUGUGCCGACCCUGCUGAGGGAGGAUGACGUGUCCGUUCUAACGGAGACAGUCAGGUUGUUGAGAGCUGCUCUCGCUCUGGAGACGGACAUCUCAGACAGGUGGCGCAGAGUCCUCCCUGAUGACACCGUCGAGCGUCUUAUUCACAUUAUCCAGAGCACGCUUAAUAUGACGAGUGUACGAGCGUCAGUACUAAAGGAGCACUGCGCCAUGAUGCUAGAGAUUCUCUUCUACCAAGAUGAGCAACUUCUCGCUAACUCAGCCUACACCGUGUUCCCCAUAGUGGAUAUCCUCCAGAACCGGAGUAGUCAGAGUCUGGAGGAGCCUCUCUUGAGGUGUCUGCAGUACUUGUGUGAGGAGAAACGGGCUGUCACCAACAUGUCCCAGUGUCCAGGUCUCCCUAAGGUGCUGCACAGAGUGAUGUCACAGAAGAUCGAGCACGGUUUGACGGCAGUGUGUUUGUCUCUAAUCUGCACUCUUCUCACCUCUCAGGCUACCGAUGAGAUGUGUGCCUGGCUGGAGAAGGAUUGUAAUAUCACCGAAUCUGCUAUCAGGACCCUGCAUAGCAUUAUUCUUGAUGACGAAGAGGAACGAGAGAACAAGAGUUCUGAGAUUUCUUCGAAUAUUAGCGGUGUUACAAGAGCAAGUGAAUCGUGUAUAACCGAGACUGACAGUUCUAAAGUCGCAGAGAAUGGUCCAGAUAAUCAAAUUAAAGAAGGUCCUUCACAAGAAGGAGAGAUAAACGGACACGGUCAAAAUGAAGGAGCGAUAAGAAGGCAGCUCUCAAAUAAUGAAGAACCCCCAAAUGAGGGGGAACCCCCAAAUGAAGACGAACCUAAUCAGAGAAAUGAAGGACACAUAGAGACACCGACCCCCAAAUCAGCAGGACCGUUUGAGAAUAGAACCCUACACCCCUAUCCGAUUAGUUACCCCUACUUACGGCACUCCGUGUGCACUCCCAACUCCUUCAUCACAAUCGAACGCCAACACUCCACAGUCCACCCUGUCCACUCCCUACUCAAUACAGCAGCGCGUCAUCUACACGCCGAGUGAGCGGCGUGUGCGGCGCGCCACCUCGGAGCCCAGUCGGCCUAUAAUCAAGGUGUGCAGAGAUAUGUCCUGGAACUUCCUGUAUACUCUCGCUAACCAUGUCCCUCAAGAGGGUUCCUGUGUUCUGAGGUACAUAUCAGACUGUAUUAAAGAUCUGAUCAGUUGUUUUCAAUCUGAAGGUGACAAACACGUUGAGUUAGCUAUGCUUUAUAAACAGCACUUGGACAAAUACCUACACUUUUCUAAGUCAAGCACUUUGCUGAACAAGUACAUCACCUGUCACACCCGCUGAUGACUCUAAAAAUCUCAUACCAUAAUUAAUUAAUUAUAAAGUUAAUAUUUAUUAUUUUACCGUACUGGAUGGUGUAUUGAAGAAUUUCAAAGUUGAGAAUUUCAGAUUUAAUAAUACUUCAUAUUUUAUUUGAAAACGGUGGAAACAUUUAAUCGCAAAUGAUUUUUGUAGCUGAUAAUGCUGGGCGCGCAUACAAAUUGUUUGAAAUAUUUAACUUUGUACGUCGUCAUAAUAACUUUAUAUAAGGACGUUUUUAAUUAUAAUCAUAAUCGAUUCUAAAAGCAUUUUAGGAGCUAAUGCUAUUGCCUGCCA